CUGGUCACAGGCAGCCCUGCGGGCGCUGCUGACGUGGUGCCAGGCACCGGGCUCAUUUCGGAGGGGACACCAGCUGGGAGAGGCUGGCGGAGCUGCGGCUGCGAGAACCAGCGCCCGCUUCUGCAGCAGCCUCCCUCCCUGCCUCCCUCCCUCCUUCCCCCGCCUCCUCCUCCGCCGGCACCGGCCCUGGCUCUCCCCUUCCCACCCCCGAGCUUCGGGAAGGCGGAGGGAGGAAGGGGCCGGCGGGGAGAGCAGAGGGAUGGCAGGGUGCGAGGGGGCGGCGGCUCCCCUCCUGCUCGGGGCACUGUGCCUCUCCGCCGCCGCCUGCUUCCACCUGGUGCACGGCAGGGACAGCGGAGCACCGUGGACCCUGGAGAAGUAUUCUCACCAACCAAGAAUUUUACAUUCUGAUGCUAUUCAGAAAGUCGCAGCAAACACAGAUGUUUCUAAAAUGUGGGAGAAUGAUUUGCGCCCUAUCCUCAUAGAAAGAUACUCAGGAUCACCAGGAAAUUAUGUCGUACGACAGCACAUCAAGCACCGUCUUCAAAGAUUACAGGCUGGUUGGGAAAUUGAAGAAGACACAUUUCAGAGAUACACACCAUAUGGAUAUCAAACAUUUUCAAAUAUUAUCAGCACUCUCAACCCCUCUGCAAAACGCCAUCUAGUACUUGCUUGCCACUACGACUCAAAAUUCUUUGGACAGCAAUGGCAGGAGAGAACAUUUGUAGGAGCAACUGAUUCGGCAGUGCCUUGUGCUAUGAUACUGGAGCUGGCACGUGCCCUGGAUAACAGGCUUCAGUUAAUCAAGACCAGCUCAACGUCAAGACCAGACCUUUCACUUCAGCUCAUUUUUUUUGAUGGUGAAGAAGCCUUUGUCCGGUGGUCCCCUUCUGAUUCCCUCUACGGAUCUCAACACUUAGCUCAAAAAAUGGUAUCUACUCCACAUCCACCUGGUUCAACAACCACAAAUCAGCUGCAGGGCAUAGACCUGCUUGUACUACUGGAUUUAAUUGGUGCACCAAACCCAGUCUUUCCCAAUUAUUUUCCAAACACUAUUCGAUGGUUUCAGAGGCUUCAAGCAAUUGAGCAAGAGCUACACAACAUGAAUCUGUUGAAGGAUCACCUUGUUGAAAGGCAGUAUUUCCAGACUACUUUACAUCGAGGCUUGGUUGAAGAUGACCACGUUCCAUUUUUAUUAAGAGGGGUUCCAGUCCUACAUCUGAUUCCAUCCCCUUUUCCUGCAGUAUGGCAUACCAUGGAGGACACAGAAGAAAACCUUGAUAAAACCACUAUCGACAAUCUCAGCAAAAUCCUGCAAGUGUUUGUACUGGAAUAUCUAAACCUGUGAUAGACAAAAUGGAAACAAAUUGUACUCCAUCCUAAAUACUGUUUUGUCCACCUUCACAUUUGCUGUUUAAUUGCAUUGGAGAGCACUACAGCAAAGCAAAAUAUAAUGAUACCUCUUGCUAGACUGAUUAUUGAUUCAGCUGUUCCUGGCCCAAUGUUCCAUGUAGCCAAACAAGAUAGCAUUAAAUAAUAAUUAGUUUCAGCCUGGAAAGAAUUUGAUCUUUCCAUGUCUUUCCUCUGAAUAAAAAUCCCCAGAAUUUU